UCCUGGAUCACUGUCUGUUAAAUCAAACAGGAUAUUGCCCUAGACCGGGAACUGAACUGAGAGGGUGUACUUAUCGUUGUUCCGAUAGUUUUCCAUUCUUUGCAGUUAUCAAAUGAGACUUUGAAGCCAUAGAACUUUUCUGUAAUCCUAGAAAAACUGCGGACUGUUUAAAUAAUUUAGUGGACGAAUUUAGAUCCAUGACCUCCUGAAGCUCAUUUAGAUCCGCACCUGCUUUUAGCGGCGGUGAUGGAGGCGGAGGAGGUGGUGUCGCAGGGAGCAGAGCAGGCAGAUGGUGCACCAGGAGGAGCGCAGCCGCCACACUGCACAGCUGCUUGUUGUCAUGGAGGAGCAAAGAUGGCGGUCCUGGCCUAUAGCCCGGGCAAACGCGAAAUAAACCAGUAUUUCACCGUAAAAAACGCCAAACUGAUAUCGCUACUGGUUGUUAUUGUGCUGCUGGUGUUUCACACGGCGUCGCGGUACCAUGGAGGCGGGGACUCAUGUGAUUGGCUGCUGUCCAGAGGACGUUACUUGGGGGAGAACGUAUGGCAGCCAUAUGGCUGCAUGAUGCACAAAUACAAAAGCAUUGAAGCCAAAACCUGUCUUGCUGAAAAGCGGGUGGCCUUUGUGGGUGACUCACGAAUCAGGCAGCUAUUUUAUUCCUUUGUCAAAAUUAUUGAACCUGAGCGAAGAGAAGAUGGAAACAAGCAUGAGGACAUUUCCUUUGAAGAAAAGAGUUCCUCUGUUAAUGUGGACUUUAUGUGGCACCCGGAGGCGAAUAAUUCAAUGAAGGAGCGCUUGAUGUCAUGGACACAUGAAACUUCAGCAAAACCAGAUGUUGUCAUCCUUGGAGCUGCCACGUGGUCCAUCAAGUUGCACAGUGGCAGCAGCGAGGCCCUGCAGCAGUACAAAGUCAAUCUGACAGCCAUCACUACGUAUCUGGAGAGGCUGACUGACCAUGGAGAGGUCUACUGGGUCCUGCAAGACCCAGUAAAUGAGGAGGUAUUAAGUGAGAGCAGGAAGAUGAUCACCAACCAACAGCUGGAGCUGUAUAAUGACGCAGCAGUGGAUGUGCUCAACAGCAGCAAGCGUAAUGGCAAAUCCAGGGUCAAGCUGUUGGCUGCGUCUCGCCAGGCUGCACUGGAAACUAUCACCAUGUCAGACGACGGCUUGCACCUGCCUGAGAGCACCAGGAAUGUGGGAGCCAUGGUCCUCAUGAACUCGGUGUGCAACAAGCUGCUGAGGCCCAUUGACGGUUCCUGCUGCCAGACAUUACCGCCUCCAAACAUCUUCCAGAAGCUGUCAGCCUGCUUCUUCCUGGGCUGUGCCGUGGCCUUCCUGGUCCUCCACAUCCUCGGCAACAACCGCCACCGCCGGCCCGUGCCCCCCGAUGUGGAGAGCCUGGAGGAGAAGAAGCCAGCGACUGCAGCCGUUCCUCUCGGUCCAAAGGCGCCUUUCCAGGCCCUGUGCAAAAUGGGCAUCAUAAUGGGCUAUUUCUACCUUUGUGACAGAGCAGAUGUGUUCAUGAAAGAGCAGAAGUUCUACACACACUCCACGUUCUUCAUCCCUCUCAUCUAUAUAUUUGUGCUGGGGAUGUUUUACAACGACAACUGCAAGGAGACCAAAUUACUGAACCGAGAACAAACAGAUGAGUGGAAAGGCUGGAUGCAGCUUGUCAUCCUCAUCUACCACAUAUCUGGAGCCAGUGCUUUCAUUCCAGUGUACAUGCACGUGCGUGUGCUGGUGGCAGCGUACUUAUUUCAAACCGGUUAUGGUCACUUUUCCUUUUUCUGGCUAAAAGGAGACUUUGGACUUUACAGAGUGUGUCAGGUGCUUUUCCGUCUGAACUUCCUGGUGUUGGUGCUGUGUGUGGUCAUGGACAGACCAUACCAGUUCUAUUACUUUGUCCCCUUAGUCACCUUCUGGUUUGUCAUUAUUUACGCCACGCUGGCCAUGUGGCCUCAAAUCCUGCAGAAGAAGGCCAACAAUAGUGGCAUGUGGCAUCUUGGAGUCUUGGCAAAGUUGCUUGGCCUCCUGUUGUUUAUCUGCGUCUUUGCCUUUUCACAGGGUUUUUUUGAGAGCAUCUUCUCUGUGUGGCCCAUCUCCAAGCUCUUUGAGCUCAACGGAAACAUCCACGAGUGGUGGUUCAGAUGGAAGCUGGACAGAUUUGCGGUGAUACACGGUAUGUUAUUUGCCUUCAUCUAUCUGGUGCUGCAGAAGCGUCAGGUGCUGUCGGAGGGCAAAGGAGAAGCUCUCUUCUCUGCCAAGAUCUCCAGUGUGCUCCUCUUCCUCUCUGUUGUCUGCUUCAUAACUUACUCGAUAUGGGCAAGCAGCUGCAAAACCAAAACAGAGUGCAACGAGAUGCAUCCUUACAUUUCUGUGGUCCAGAUUUUGGCCUUCAUACUGAUCAGGAACAUUCCUGGCUACGCCCGUUCUGUUUAUAGCUCAUUCUUUGCGUGGUUUGGAAAGAUCUCCUUGGAGCUGUUCAUAUGCCAGUACCACAUCUGGCUUGCGGCAGACACUAAGGGAAUUUUGGUCCUCGUCCCAGGCAACCCUUCCCUCAACAUCAUGGUCAGCACCUUCAUCUUUGUCUGUGUGGCUCAUGAGGUUUCCCUCAUCACAAAUUACCUGGCCCAAGUGUUCAUCCCCAAAGACAACAUGGCCCUGCUGAAGAGACUGGGCGCCAUGGGAGUCUUCAGUCUGGUUUUUUUGCUGCUGACCAGGGGAAAGCAGCCCACACCAGGUGCCUGAUGGACACCUCAUGAUGGCAGGGGAGAGGACAGAAGAGACUCCCCAAGCUCCUGCUGACAUUGAAAUGAGGUACAGAGGAAGCUGGGAGCAGCCCUUUUUUUAUCUACUGGUGGCCACAACGCCAGUAGGAACCUGUGGAGAACAGUGUCCGACUUCUGGCCACAUUUGAGCAGAUCCUGUACUUUAUGACUGCUGUAAAAGUCGCACACUGAAGAACAGCACCCAUAAAAGGAGGGAAUUGCUCCUUUCAAAGGGCAAAGUGCAAACUGCAGAAGAAAAAAAAAACAAGCAAAGAAAAAAGAAAACAUACUGAAACGUUUACAUUAUGUGGUUUUCUGGAUUUGCAGCCGCGUGAAAUUUUUGACAGCGUCGCUUCUAUUUAGCCAAACACACCAAUAAGAAGUUUACUUUGUCACAUACAGUACUUUCUGUCUUGACGUCACUCUGAGAGGGAUCACGAGGCGAACACUCCGUCCACAUGACAGUAGCAGUUGAAGGUGAUUUCACUCAGGUGGAUCCAUAACCUACAUAUUCAGAUAUCUACUCUUUAAUGACAAAUAUGUUAACUUGUGCUGCAUUACAUUACAUUGUUCAGUAUUUCUCUCGUGUUAGAUAUCUAAAUAUGCAAAAUAUGGACCAGCAAAUGGGCCUGGGUGAUUGGAAACUGUCGAGGCUAAAGUAAAAUUUAGAGUGCAAUUGUUAAAAUGUUGGAAUAUCCUUUGACAUAUUUUUGCAGAUGUUUUUGUGAGCAAUUUUAGAAAUGUUUGACUUGCAGAAAGGCUCUGUGGUCACCUGCUGUAGCUCUGAAAUUCUAUGUGAUAUGUACAGUAUUUAAUGAUUUAAAUUAAGCUUAUAUUUUAUACCUUUUUUUGGCUUUAUUUUGUACGUUCGUGCCCAUGACUGCUGUUGGUGAAGGAAGUAUUUCAUAGAUAAUUUUGUACCCAUCGCAGAAUCUCGUAGAUGAUAACCUGUUGAUGAGGUUGAGUCUUUUACAGGAGCAGCUCAAUUCCUAGUCUGUGUACAUUUGUAUGAUAGAGUGAGAGAUUUAUUUUAUACAGCGAGUUUAAUCCUUUAUCCUUUCGUUGCCGUUAGAACAUGCCUCAUAGCUCUGGUGGGAAACGCACCAAGUUGCAAACAGUGAAGUACAACAGGACUAACAGCUACAUGUACAUCAUCCAUUGCUGUCACAGCCAGUGAACUUCUGUCAGUGAACGAGUGAAGAGUGAAUGCCUUUUGAAUAUGCAGCUCUUUUUUUUUUUUCUCCAGUGGCUUAUACGUACAAUACAUCUGAGUCACAUCUGUGAUGUAGCUGGGAUCACAAGCUUCCAUCUUUCGGCACUUUGCAUCAGGGCCACAUCAACAUUCAAACUACUUGGUAAUGCACUGACUGAGCUGAAAAGACACGUUACUGUUGCUUAAAUGGAAAAUGUUGUAGAUUUUGUCUGUUGAUAAAUAGGCAUCAUCUGUUUGCCUAUUUAUCUUCAUAGACAUUUUGACAGAGAGCACUUUUCUUUUGAGACCUAGAAUUUUUGUCCGUUUUUGUUGCGUAAUAGUGUUUAAUAUGAGCUUAACACGGCACCAGUGCAGAUACCUUAUGCACUUUGACACAUUUUUAUUGGGUGAAAUUAAAAGUUUUGUCAAGAUCAUCUGGCAAAGAUUUAAGCUGUAUUGCAAAGUAAUGUUGAGUUGUGUACGACAUCUGCCAGCUGGAUAGUAAAUGAUUGCAGGGUCAAUCAUCCACUCCAUUCAUUUAUGUAGCUUCUCUUUAAAAGGAGACGUGGGUCGACAUUUACAGUCGAAAAGUUUGUCUACAGCUUUGGACGCUUCUCAUGUCAUUUAUGUGAUGAUAUAGUUUGGAUUUUGUUCUCCAACUGUCAGAGAGCCAAGCAGAUUUGCAAUUUCUACUAACAGACAGCACCUCAUUGUACAGAUGGCAGUUUCCUUCGAUGUGUAAAGUUUACUAUCUGUUCUCUCAUCUAUUACCGAUCAACAGCGAUACAGUACAUUUGGUAAUUGUUUCUGGCCUUAAUUGAUCUCUUUGGUCGUGGAAGAGCAACAACUAUUUAUACCUGUGUUCAGGGCCUCUUGGAAAUAUGUUCCAUGUAUUUUUUUGUGAUGUCUUAAAAAAAUGUGAAAUGUAUCCAUAUUAUUUAUAAAUGCCUUUAUUCUGUUGUACAUUGUUAAUAAUACCUUCAUAAAAUGUG